AUGGCUGCGACAAGGAAAUUACAAGGUGAAAUAGACAGGUGUUUAAAAAAAGUCACGGAGGGGGUGGAGACGUUUGAGGACAUCUGGCAAAAAGUGCAUAAUGCGACAAAUAGCAAUCAGAAGGAAAAAUAUGAGGCUGAUCUCAAGAAAGAGAUUAAAAAACUCCAGAGGCUACGAGAUCAGAUCAAGUCAUGGAUCGCAUCUGGGGAGAUUAAGGAUAAGAGUACACUUUUAGACUAUAGGAAACUAAUAGAAACACAAAUGGAAAGGUUUAAGGUGGUAGAACGAGAAACAAAAACCAAGGCAUACUCAAAAGAAGGACUUGGGGCCGCACAGAAACUGGACCCAGCGCAGAAGGAGAGGGAGGAGAUGUCCUCUUGGCUUAUUGCGUCUAUUGACGCACUUAAUUUACAGAUUGAUUUAUUUGAGUCUGAAGUAGAGUCACUGUUAGUCGGUAAGAAAAAACGUCUGGAUAAGGAAAAGCAAGACAGGAUGGAGGAGCUCAAACUAAAGCUGGAGAAGCACAGGUUCCACAUAAAGAAGCUAGAAACAUUGUUACGCAUGCUUGACAAUAUGUCCGUAGAAGUUGAACAAAUAAAAAGAAUAAAAGAUGAUGUAGAAUAUUACAUAGUAUCAUCACUAGAACCUGGCUAUGAAGAAAAUGAUUACAUUUAUGAUGACAUAAAUGGACUGGACGAGAUUGAGCUGAGUGGGGUGGGGUUACCAUCCUCUGCUACCACGGAUAGUAAUAACAGUAAUGAUUCUGCAGGCUCUCCCACCAGUAUACUAUCAGGUACCACCAGCCCCAUAACAUCACCCACAUUAGAUGCACACAACCACUCCACAGACUCUAUAGAUGUUGAAAAGAAGAAGAAAGAGGAAGUCAUAGCAAAACCGGUCAAACCGUUGCCGCUCCGCGCGGUGAACAGCUGCGCGGUCAGUAAUAGCGCGACUAACGUUAGUUCCUUGCUCAAUAACUCCGCCGCAUCCACCAAUAGUUUAAACAUGACGGGCGCGUCGGGCACGUCGACGCCCAUCAAGCUGCCGCCGGCGCCCAGCCCGCCGCACGCCACGCCCCCCGCGGCGCCCGCACUUCCCCCGCACCCCGCGCUGCCUACACACAAUUCACACAUCCAUCUUCACCAGCGCCAGAACAACACAGAAGUAGUGGAGAAUGGUCCGGUUUCGAUCGCGCCAGUUCACAACACGGUCACGCAUCCACCGCCUCCCACGCAGCCCCCACCUACGCCAAAGAGCGCAUCGGCGACCCCGUCAAGUGGUGCAAGUUCGUCGAGCGGCGCUGGCGCCGGGUCGGUGACGCCGGCGCCGCGCGACUCCUCGCCCGCGCUCAACGGGCCCGCGUCGCACGUGCACGUGACGCACGUGACCCACGCGACGCACGCGCUAAUGACGCAUCCGCCUGCGCACACGCCGCACCUCGCCGACAAUGGCGUAGCGAGUCCGCCGCCCAGUGCGGCGACGCCGAGCGGUCCGGCGAGCGGCGCGGCGAGCGGUGCGGCGAGCGGCACGGCCUCGCUCAAGAGCAUGGCGCAAGAGGCUGUGCAGCGCGCGGGGCUCGACGCGCACCACACACAGAACACAAGAAGAGGAGUGACACUAUCUCAAGCACACAUCCCUCCCUUAUUAGGCGUUGCACCACUGGGACCUUUACCUUUGACAUCCGAACACCAGGUGCAGUUCCGCAUGAUGGAGGCGUCGUUCUACCACAUGCCGCACCCCGCAGACUCCGAGCGUACGCGCGCCUACCUGCCGCGCAACGUCUGCCAGACGCCCGUAUACUACAACCAGGUGCUCUUACCGCACUCAGACUCGGUUGAGUUCUUCCAGCGGCUAUCGACAGAGACUUUAUUUUUUGUCUUCUACUAUAUGGAGGGCACGAAAGCACAGUACCUUGCCGCAAAAGCGUUGAAGAAACAAAGUUGGCGCUUUCACACCAAGUACAUGAUGUGGUUUCAGAGGCAUGAGGAACCGAAGGUUAUCAAUGAGGAGUAUGAGCAGGGCACAUACAUCUACUUCGACUAUGAGAAGUGGGGCCAGAGGAAAAAGGAAGGCUUCACAUUUGAGUACAAGUACUUAGAGGACCGUGACUUGAAUUGA